AUUUUAUUGUAUUUAAAAUAAUAGUAAUAAUAAUAAAUUUAAGAUGCCAUUACGUUUAGAUAUAAAAAAAAAAUUAUCAACUAGAUCUGAUAGAGUUAAAUCAGUUGAUAUUCAUCCAACAGAACCAUGGAUUUUAGCAAGUUUAUAUGAUGGUAAUGUUUAUAUUUGGAAUUAUGAAACUCAAAAUAUGGUUAAAUCAUUUGAAGUUUCACCACAAAAUCCAGUUAGAACAGCAAAAUUUAUACCAAAGAAACAAUGGAUAGUUACAGGUUCAGAUGAUACAUAUAUUAGAGUUUAUAAUUAUAAUACAAUGGAAAAGAUUAAAUCAUUCGAAGCACAUGCAGAUUAUAUUAGAUGUAUCAUUGUUCAUCCAACAUUACCAUAUAUUUUAUCAUCAUCAGAUGAUAUGUUUAUUAAAUUGUGGGAUUACGAAAAAUGGACCAACAUUCAAGUAUUCGAAGGUCAUUCACAUUAUGUUAUGUCCAUGGCAUGGAAUCCAAAAGAUACCAAUGUAUUUGCAACAGCAUCAUUAGAUAAAACUGUUAAAGUCUGGAGUAUUAAUUCACCACAUCCACAUUUCACAUUAGAGGGUCACGAAAAAGGUGUUAAUGCAGUCGAAUAUUUCUCUGGUGGUGAAAAACCAUACUUAAUCUCUGGUGCCGAUGAUAAAUUGGUUAAAAUUUGGGAUUAUCAAUCAAAGACUUGUGUCCAAACCCUCGAAGGUCACAGUAAUAAUGUUUCAGCAGUAUGCUAUCACCCAGAGUUACCAUUAAUUCUUAGUGGUUCUGAAGAUGGUACAAUUAAACUUUGGCAUUCAUCAACUUAUCGUUUAGAAAGAACUCUUAAUUACGGUAUGGGUUUCGUUUGGUCAAUGAAUUUCCUUCGUGGUUCAAACUUUAUUGGUGUUGGCUAUGAUGAUGGUACUGUAGUUUUAAAGAUUGGUAAAAAUAAACCUCCAGUCAGUAUGGAUCAAGGUGGUAAGGUUAUUUAUGCUAAACAUAAUGAAAUUAGAAUUGCAAAUAUCAGCAAUACUUUAGAAAGCGAUACUGUUCAAGAUGGUGAAAAGCUUUUAAUUUCAAGUAAAGAUCUUGGUAAUUGCGAAGUAUUCCCACAAAAACUUCAACACAAUUCAAAUGGUAGAUUCGUUAGUGUUUGUGGUGAUGGCGAAUUCAUCAUUUACACUGCUUUGGCUUGGAGAAAUAAGUCCUUUGGUAAUGCUUUGGAAUUUGUUUGGGCCGAAGAUUCCGGUCAAUACGCUGUUAGAGAAAGUUCUUCACGUAUUAAAAUCUUUAAAAACUUUAAAGAAACUCAUAGUUUCAAACCAGCAUUCUCUGCUGAAGGUAUUUUCGGUGGUUCACUUUUAGGUGUUAAAUCAAAUGAUACCUUAUGUUUUUAUAGUUGGGAUUCUGCUGAUAUUAUUCGUAGAAUUGAAAAAACCUCACCAAAAAAUAUAUUCUGGUCAGAAAAUGGAGAUUAUUUAGCAAUUGUUACAGAUAAAUCAACAUUUAUUCUUAGAUACUUUAAAGAUACAGUUCAAAAAUACAUGGAAAGUGGUCAACCAAUUGGUGAAUUAGGUAUUGAAGAUGCUUUCGAUGUUGUACAUGAAAUUGAAGAUACAAUUGGUUCAGCUCUUUGGGUUGGUGAUUGCUUCAUUUAUGUCAAUAAGAACAGUAAAUUAAAUUAUUGUGUAGGAACUGAAGUUGUAACCAUUUCACAUUUAGAAAAACAUAUGUAUUUACUUAAAUAUUUGCCACAAAGUGGUCGUUUAUAUUUAUCUGAUAAAAAUUUAAAUAUUGUUUCAUAUAAACUUCAUUUAUCAGUUAUCAGUUACCAAACCUCAAUUUUAAGAGGUGAUUUAGAAAGUGCAGAAAGAAUUUUACCAAAAAUACCACAAGAUCAAAGAAAUAGCAUUGCACACUUUUUAGAAUCACAAGGUUAUAAAGAAAAAGCCUUAGAAGUUUCAACUGAUCUCGAUCAUAGAUUUGAAUUAGCAAUCCAAUUAGAAAAUCUUCAAAUUGCUCACGAAAUUGCAUUAAAAUCUGAAUCAGAAACUAAAUUUAAACAUUUAGGUGAUUUGGCUUUACAAAUUGGUGAUAUUAAAUUGGCAGAAAAUUGUUUAAAGAAAGCAGAGGAUUUACCAGGUUUAUUGUUAUUAUACAGCUCAGUUGGUAAUCUUGAAGGAAUGAAGGAGCUUUCAAUUUUAGCAGAGGAAAAAGGUCAAACCAAUAUUAGCUUUAUUUGUAAUCUUUUAAUUCCAAACUCAUUAUUAAAUUGCCUCAAUACACUUUGUGAAGGUGGUGGCUUUUCAGAAGCAGCAUUUAUGGCACGUACAUAUCUUCCAUCAUUAAUUCCUGAAAUGGUCGAAAAAUGGAAAGAAAACCUUAAACAUACCAGUUCAAAAGCUGCUGAAGCUCUUUCAAAUCCAAUUGACUAUCCAAAUCUUUUCCCAGGUUAUGAUCUUUCAGUUAGAGCCGAAAAAUAUUUUGAAUCAUUAAGAUCUCAUCCAAAAUCUGCCAAAGAGUAUGUCAAUAUUCCAAAGAAACAAAGAAAUUUAAUUGAAGAGGUUGAAAAUGUCAGCGAACAAGAAUAUGAAAAAGUUUUAUCAUCAUUACAAGAUUUCAGUUUACAUGGUUCAAAACAUACAAAAUCUCCAAUUGUAACAUCUAAUACAAAUGGUUUAGAUUCUCCAUCAUUAGUAAAUAUUGAAACUACAACCACUGCCACUAAUACCAAUAACAAUAAUAAUAAUACAGCUGCCUCACUUUUAGACGAUUUAGAUUUUACUACUUCAACUACAUCAAAUAAUAAUACUCCAGUUAAAUCCCCUUCACCACAAUUAAAUAAUAACCUUUUUGAAACCACCUCACCACUUGUUGACCCAAGUUCAGAAGAUCACGACAUUGUUUUAGACCCAACCCCAGCCAAUCCAACCAAUACCUCAUCAGCCGAUCUUUCAUUUUUAGAUAAUAUUCCAAAUGAUCACGACGAAGAAGAUGAAUUUUAAUUAAUUCACACAAAACAAAUAAUUAUAUAAUUUAAAAAAAAAAAAAAAAAUUUAAAUAUUAGAAAAUAAAUAAAUAACAAUACGUAUUUUAUAAAAUUAAAUAAAUCAGUAUUAGAAAAUAAAUAGUGCCUAUAUUUAAUUCAUUACU